AUGUCAGGCCCCUCCAACCGCCUCAGAAACGUCCUCGGCCACAUCUUUCACUCGGCUACCCCUGAAUCAGUACCCCACCACUUCUCCCACCUCUCGCCAACUUACUUCCUCGAACGCGCCGCUGCCAUUGAGCCCGAUGCCGAGGCCGUCUACCAUGUCACAGCCAACAACAAGAUCCUCCGGCGGUCCUACAUGGAGCUCGCUGACCGUGCCCGUGGGCUGGCGUACUACUUCCGCAAGCAUGGCUACAAGCGCAUUGGUCUGCUAGCACCCAACACGCCGGCGUUUUUGGAGAGCAUCUUUGGGAUUGUUGCUGCUGGGGGUGUGAUUGUGCCAGUAAACUACAGGCUGAAGCCAGAUGAUAUCACCUACAUCUUCGACUUUGCCGAGGUGGACUGCAUCAUUGUCGACAAGGAGUAUGAGAAUCUGUUGAAGGCCUUUACAGAAUCUCACCCCAAUGUCAAAAUCAUCGUUGAUCUUGACACCGACACAACAGAAGGCGUCCUCUCCGGCCCCUUUGACGAAGCAGUCCUCGAAGGCCUCAUCCUCGACCGCACCACCGGCUCAAAAGGCUGGUCAGACCUCAUCUCAGCCCGCGUCCCCGACGAAGAUUCCACCAUCGCCCUCCCUUUCACCUCUGGCACAACCUCCCGCCCAAAGGGGGUAAUCUACACCCACCGCGGGGCCUACCUGGCAACCAUGGCCAACAUUGUCGAGUCGGGCCUCAACCUCCCAGACGGCAGGUGCAAGUAUCUCUGGACCCUCCCCAUGUUCCACGCCGUAGGCUGGACCUUUCCCUGGGCCAUCACCGCCGUGAGGGGAACCCACGUCUGUCUGAGGAAGAUAGACUACCCGCUUAUCUGGUCUCUUCUCAAAAACGAGGGGGUCACCCACUUCAACGCAGCACCAACAGUCAACACCCUUUUGUGCGCCGACCCCAACGCCGAAGUCCUCCCCAACCCAGUCCGUGUCACUGUUGCUGCGUCCCCCCCAACAGCGAGGUUAUUCGAGCAAAUGACCGCGUUAAACCUCUACCCUGUCCACGUCUAUGGUCUUACCGAAACAUACGGUCCAAUCACCAGGGGUUACCUCCUACCAGAAUGGGACCUCCUGCCCCCCCACGAGAAGUUUGCAAAAAUGGCAAGGCAAGGUCAUGGAUUUCUUACCUCGCUUGGUGUGCGUGUCAUCAAGACGGCAGAGGAUGGGAGUAGCCUAGGCGAGGAGCCGGUAGACGUUGCCAAGAACGGAAAGGAAGUAGGCGAGAUUGUUUUUGAGGGGAAUAUCUGCUGCAAGGGGUACUACAAAGACCCGGAGGCGACGAGGAAGCUCUUUGAGGGGGGUGUUCUCCGCUCUGGGGACCUGGCAGUCUGGUGUGAGGAUGGGAGUAUUUUGAUUCAAGAUAGGCAGAAGGAUAUCAUUAUCUCUGGUUGGUUCCCCCCUUCCAACCCCCCCCCU